UUCAAAUACUGCAAACUUUUGUACCGAUCCGAUACCACAGUAAAUACAGAGCCACUAUUGCCGAUACUGAUGCCUUUUAACUUGAAAACUUUCAAGACCUUUAAAUUAUUUUGCCUUCAUUACAAAACAAAGAUUUUACACAUUUUUAUCAACAAAGUUACAUGUGAACAUUUUAACAAUCAUUGCCUUUUAUCACAUACGGUAGUUUGACUUGCUCAGGGCAUUUACGCUUUCUCAUUGACAGUUUUUACUUUCCUUUUCAUUGACACGAGUCUGCCUCGCGCUUGGGAGAAUGAGGCGAAAGUUUCUUGUCGGGUCACGUGAUUUCCCAGAACCCACUUAAGCAUUUACCUGACGUGGCCACAAGGGGGCUCUCCAGGGACCCCAGUAGGGGACUUCUUGUUUGUUGACAGCUGCAACGUUUUAUCUCCGGAUUCCAUUUGGUCUCCCCAAGUAACAGGUGACGUUCUCAGCAUGCUGAACUCUCAUUGGCUCAGGUGGAGUAUUAUUAAAAGACCGCCCUCGCGACAUUUCCUUGUGUGUUUGUCAUGUUUGCUAGCCAAGCGAGUGUUCGUCACUUUUGUCAAAAGUGGCAAACAUCAUGAACUUGCGUUUAUCCUUUCUUCUGGCCGCGCAAAUGCACAGCGUGGCGCCUGUGAUUCACACGCUGAAGUACUUCCGCACUGCGUCCUCUCCACUUCCCACCUCCCCAGAGUACGUGAGUGUUGGUUAUGUGGAUGAAGUUCAGGUUGUUCACUACGACAGCAACAGCAGGAAAGCAGAAGCCAAACAGGGCUGGAUGAACAAAAUCACAGCAGAGGAUCCACAGUACUGGCGGAGACAGACCGAGAUCAAUGUGGGUCACGAGCACAUCUACAAAAACAACAUUGAAGUUCUUAAGAAACGUUUCAACCAAACUGGAGGUGUUCACGUUGUCCAGUGGAUGUCGGGAUGUGAAUGGGAUGAUGAGACGGAUGAGGUUCAUGGUUGGGGUCAGCUAAGUUAUGAUGGAGAAGACUUCAUAUCGUUGGACAUGAAGACAUGGACAUACACUGCAGCAAAACAACAAGCUUUCCCCACCAAACUCAAGUGGGACCACGAGAAGCCCCGACUAGACUACUUCAAGUAUUACUACACCGAGGAGUGUCCUUCUUACUUGAAGAUGUAUGUCAACUAUGGGAGGGACGUCCUAAUGAGAACAGAGCUUCCAGAGGUGUACCUUCUCCAGAAGACGCCGUCCUCUCCGGUCAGCUGCCUGGCGACGGGUUUCUACCCCGACAGAGCCCACCUGUUUUGGAGGAAAGACGGCGAGGAGCUCCACGAGGACGUGGAGCACGGAGAGAUGCUCCCAAACCAUGACGGAACCUUCCAGAUGUGGUCGGACCUGAAAGUGGAGGUGACGGCCGACGUAGAGGGCAAGUACGAAUGUGUGUUCCAGCUGUCUGGCAGGGAGGAGGACAUGGUCACCAAGCUGGAGAGAAGAAGCAUCCUGAGCAACGCAAGCCAUGAAGACAACCUUAUUGUCACCGUCGCUGCCACGGUCGUGGGCGUGGCAGUCCUCCUGGCGGCUGUCGUUGUCGUCAUUGUCAAGCGUCUUGGAAACAGACGAGGUGAGGGACAUCGAUGCUCUCUGUCUUCUUCUCAGUGCAUUCAGGCUUCUUCUCCAUUGAUGCUUUCAUCCAGGCUGCAAAGGUGCAGCCAUGUUCUAGUUGACUUCCAGCCAAACACUCAAAGAUCCACAGAGACAGAGCACACACUCCCACAUGGGAACAGCGUGACGUGAGGAAAAAGUCACCUUGUUUCUCUUUCGUUUCAGCCAAUUCCCAUCCAGCUGGUAAGUGAAACAUAUAUUUUCUUGGAUCCGAGUGUGAGUGGUGAGGCACCUUGUGGAUGUACUUCCUUCACCAGCGUAAGGUGUUUGCUUUGCGUGAGGAAGCGGCUCAUGCUGUGUUUGCGUCUGUCCGACAGCUGGAGACGGCGGUACCGAGCUCUCGGAGAGGAUGACGGCUGAAGGCUGAGUGACACACAGUGAGUUAGCUCACAUGGACUGUUUGCACCUCCAAACGUUCUUGGGUCUUUGGGCAAAGUCCAUCUUCAACUUGGAUGCAAACCAGGAGAGGUGGGAUCACUGCUGCCAUGGAUGUGUCACAUCUCUCAUCGUUAGAUUGCUUUGAUUGUCGAUUGUCAAACUUCAAACGGGUUCGUACAUGCAGGCCUUCUUAAGUCACUUAUGUUUUUUUUAUCAGAAAUAUUUUUAUUGAAUUUUGACAAAGUAAAAAAACAAAUGCACACAAUGUUUGCUGGUAGUUUAGGCAGAGAACGAGAGUGUGAGAAAACAAAAACAAAAACAGCAAAAUAACAAACAAAAAACCCCAACACAAAAACACCCACAACGUAAGCCACACACAGCCCAAAAAGACAGAGGUCCGAGUUUGGUAGGACAACCAAAUGCAAAACAACCAAAGCAAAUACAUAAGUGAGCUAAACAACAGAUGACAGCAAAUAGGCCAGAGCGGGAAAGCUAUUGGGGAGCUCAGGUAAAUUUAAAGUUGUGGAAAUAUACUAAGAAAGGUCCCCAGACAUUUUGGAAUUUUUCUUUGGCAUUACAAAUUGAGUAAUGAAUUUUCUCCAGAUUUAAACAAGACAUGACAUCUCUCAGCCACUGAGCGUGGGUGGGCGGAGCGGCAUCCUUCCACCUUAACAGAAUUGCCCGUCUGGCCAAGAGGGAGGCAAAAGACAAACUUCGUUGUCGUGUGGGGGUCAAACGCAAGUCGGGUUCACCUGUGGUGCCAAACAGUGCUAUUGAAGGGUUGGGUUGCAAGGGUAAAUUGCUAAUUACAGAAAGUGUCUGAAAGACUUCCCUCCAAUACUUCUCCAGACUAGGACAAGACCAGAACAUGUGAAUAAGUGUGGCAUCCUCCCUCUUACACUUGUCACAACAGGGAUCCACCUCUGGAUAUAUACGGGCUAGUUUGGAUUUUGACAUAUGAGUCCUGUGUACAACUUUAAAUUGUAGCAAGCUAUGGCGGGCACAAAUAGAGGUUGAAUUGAUCAUUUUAAAGAUUGUAUGCCACAUGUCACCUGUCAAAGACAUAUUUAGGUCUUGCUCCCAUGCUGUUUUAAUGUUAGUAAGAGAGGUCUGUCUUAUGUCCAACAGUUUAACAUAAACAGUAGAAAUUAACCCCUUACGUGAUGGUUGCAAGUCCAGAAGUGCAUCAACAAUGUUCGUACCAGGAAUCUCAGGGAAAUUUGGUAAUCGACUGUAAACAUAGUGCCUAACCUGGAAGUACCGAAAGAGAUGGGACUUUGGAAGAUUACAUUGUUCCAUUAAUUGCUGGAAUGACAUGAACGUAUUAUCGAUAAACAGGUCUCGGAGACACAAUAUGCCUCGUCUACGCCACUCCCGGAACCCCAGAUCCAGCAAGGAAGGUUGGAAAAGAUGAUUGUCUGAAAUGGGGCUAAAAAGGCAGAGAUCUUCAAAACCAAAAUGUCUCCUAAACUGGGCCCACACCCUCAACGUAUGCCAGACCACCGGAUUAUCAAUACGUUUGCUUGACGGAAAAGUGAGUGCAGAUCCAAUUAACGCUAGAAUAGAAACAUUUUUAGCCACAUUCAACUCCAUCUCCACCCAUAAAGGCCGGUCUGGACGGUACUGAUAGUAUGACCAGGAUAUGACCCAUCGAAUAUUGGCUGCCCAAUAAUAACAGCGAAAGUUAGGCAACGCCAUCCCACCCUCUUGCUUAGGUUUUUGUAGAUGGAUUUUAUUCAACCUAGGACGCUUGCCCUUCCAAAUAUAGGAAGAUAUGACCGAGUCCAAAGUAUCAAAAAAAGACUUUGGGAUGAAGAUUGGGAUGGAUUGAAAAAAAUACAGAAAUUUGGGAAGAAUGGUCAUUUUAAUGGAGUUGAUUCGACCGGCCAAAGUAGUGGAAAGUGGCGACCACUGCGUCAGACACUGCCUCGUGUGGUUUAAUAGACUCAAAAAAUUUUCUUUGAAAAGACUCUUAUGUUUUUUUGUAACUGUGAUGCCCAAAUAAGUAAAUUUAUUUUCCACAAUCUUAAAAGGAAACAAUGCGUACACUGAUGCUGGCGCCCCCUCAUUGACAGGUAAAAUUUCAGAUUUAUUCAGAUUAAGUUUAUAUCCUGAGAACUGACCGAAAUUCUUCAGAAGCAGUAGCAAAGCAGGUAAAGAUCUGUCUGGAUGUGAAAUGAAGUUUAAUAAGUCAUCUGCAUAUAGCGCCACCUUGUGCUGUACUCCAUUCCUCCAAAUGCCAGAUAUGUUGUCACUAAGUCACUUAUGUUAGCCUUAUUAUUAUUUAGAUUUUUCUCACCUGUGUGUGUGUCAUCCAAAUCAGUGAUGAAACUUGAGUCAUGUGCGUUGCAUCACUUAAUAUUCACUCCUAAUUAAAAAAAUAAACUUUCAUCUGAUGCAAGUGCAUGGAAGCAGUUUAUGGUUGACUGCUUUGUGGCUUCAUGCUGGAAGGAAUGACGAGGACAAUACUGCCGGCUAGUGGACACACACUGCAACUACACCAUCUGCCUCUUUUUGGAACGUCGUCGUUGAGAAUGUGUCCGGUGAACGCAACACUGACUGAACAUGACAUGUAGCAUACACGGAACACACACACACACACGCACACUCACAGCAGGUCACAUGAGGACCUCAUGAGGCCUGCAGGUUCGGUCCAGAUGCCACUGACAGAACACACAGCCUGUCACAGAUGUGUGUGUCUGCAGGCAUACACGGCACACACGCACACGGCAGUUUAGUAUUGCUAGCUAGGUCACGUUACAUCAGCCUUUGAAGUUACAACAGUAAUUAUAACAAGAUGAAUAUGUUAAUAUAUUAACACAACAAAUACUGUACUAUGUCGUGUAAACAAGGAGCGCUUCAGCCGGAAGCGGCUGCCGAUUCAAGAUGGCCGUCAGUGAGAGGACGGUCUCCACUUCACAUUUGAUAGUCAUCAAAACGUCAAAUAAUGUCUGUCCUUUUUUACGCUAUUCAUAUUGCUUUCAUGUCAACAAAUGUAAUUAUUUAUGUCGUCACUCGGCUGUAAGCAUUUAGCUUGAACGACAGCGGCCACUUACACCAUCCAAUCCAAAAAGAUGGUUAAAAAAAUGUGUGAUUCUAACGAGCUCACCAUCACCCCCAGAGGUAGCGAACGGCAUUACAAGACGAGUUGCUGGUGAACUGGCAAUGCAAUGAAGACUAAAUGUAUCUUUCUACAUAGUGUGUGUGUGUGUGUGCUACAAAUGUCACUGCUAACUCGCGUUGACAUCACACGUUUGAUGUUUGCCUUCCACGCCUGAUUUCUUUCUGCUAAACAGCAAACAUGAUUGGAGAGGACCU